CCACCUCUCUCCUCCUUCCCCAUAAAUUCAUCCCCCCAAUUUCACUCCCAAAACUCCCUCUGUACAGAAAUGGAACCCAUUAAUUCGUUGGCAACCCCGCUCGAUAAUGCUCUUGCUUUCAACAAUCCCAGCCACGGCGGCUUUCUAACAGCGCUAUGGGCUUGGGCCGCCGUCCUAACCGCCGCCGUCGGCCUCUGGAGGAUCAAAUCCUCCGCCAUGUCCGCGCAGUCCGACCCGCGCCCCGAAUUCCAGAACGGGUCGUCCGAUCAUCCCGCGCCGCCUCGGGAUAUCGCGCUGUCUUCGCCGCCGCCGGCCGAGAGCUCGUGGGUUUCCGCGCCGGAUUCGACCGCGGGUGAAGCUGCGACGGGCGUGAGGAAGGGGGAGAAGUUCACGGCGUAUUUCGACGGCGAUGACGCAGUUGACGGCAACGCCGGCGGCGUUGACGAUUUUUACAAUAACCGCAACGGAGGUGACGGUGAGUGUGACGGGAUUGGGUUAGUUGACGAGUGGUAUCAGAUUUGGGAGGGAGCCAUAGAAACGAGAAACGGAGGCGCGGGUUGGUACCGUAACCAGGAUUUAACGGUGAUUAACGGCAACGUGGUGAGGCUGUGGGACCGCAGCCGUAGACGGCGGUGGGCGUAGGAUGCGUUGUUUCAUGGUAAAUCGGAGGUGGUAUAUACCAUAGUCCAUAUAGUUAGGCAGGUAGCCAUGAAGGAUUUCAAAGUUAAGGUCAAGUUUGUUAUAGACAACUUGACAUUUUCGGUUUUGAAAAUAUAAUUGUAAAUGGUUU